UAAAAAUAUAACAUAUAACAGUAUAAAAAAAUAAAUUUACAUCAAAAAUUGGUCAGUGCUAUUUUUAAUUUUAUUCAAAUGAAUCAAAAUGGAGUUUAUUGUCACCCUUGAUAACUAUAUUAUUCAUAAUAAAGAAGAAAAUAGAAGUUUAUGGUGCAAUCGCAAUGAUGGGAGUAUUGUUCCUUAUACCGCUGACAAGGUUGCAGAUACUUUAAAUCCUGUGUGUAAAGGACUUGUUUUUGGUGUAUUAGGGAAGAUGCAAAUGCUUCCUGGAUGUGGAUGGAAGUUAGUUUUAAUAGCCGAUCAAACAUUUGUUGGCUAUUUGCCUGGAGGGGUUGAAGUUUAUAAUAUUACCAAAGUUAUUACAGUUCCAUUAACUUGUGACACUGCAGAUUUAAAUGAUUUUGAUAAUCUCAAGGAAUGUGGAAAACAUUCAUCAUUGUUAAACAGUGACAAUGUUGUUUAUCAAAGAGCUCAGAAUACCUGGAACACAAUAAAAUCUGGUGCAAGUAACAUAAAUAAGCGAAACAUAUUUAAUAAAGAUUUAAAAGAUAAAGAUAAACUUGAGAGACGAUUUACAGAUGAGCUUUGCAAAAUGUUCAGUGAUUCAUCUUCAUUUUUUUACUCUCCUAAUGGCGACUUAACAAACUCAAGACAGAGAAUGUCAAAGUUAAAGUCUGAUUUUGAUUGGAAACAGGCAGAUAAUCGUUUCUUUUGGAACAAGCCAAUGUUACAGGACCUUAUUGAUUCUGAUAAUCCUUUAGCUGUGCCUUGGGUGGUUCCAGUCAUCCAAGGAUUUGUCCAAAUUCAACGCUGCUAUAUCAGUUCAACUGAUUUUUCAUUUGGUAACGGUGAAAACCAAGAUGGUUCAAGUGAUGAGGAAGAAGAUGUUACAGAUGGUAUAAGAUGUCAUACUGGACAAAAUUUAAAGGAUGACGAAUAUGAUUUGAUUGUUAUCUCACGUCGAAGUAGAUUUAGGGCAGGAACCCGUUACAAACGUCGUGGUGUUGAUGAUGAUGGAAAUGUUGCAAAUUAUGUGGAAACCGAACAAAUUGUAUGUGUCUUGAAUCAUAUCAUAUCUUAUGUGCAACUUCGAGGCUCAGUACCUAUUUAUUGGAGUCAACCAGGAUUAAAAUAUAGACCAAUGCCAGUAAUUGAUCGAAGUUAUGAUGAAUCACAAAAAUCAUUUGCCAAACAUUUUGAUAGUGAUUUGUCUCUUUAUAAUAAGAUUAUUAUAGUAAGUUUAGUUGAGUUGAAAGGAACAGAAAAGAUUAUUGCUGACAACUAUUUGGAGCAUAUUUUAACUUACAACAGUGAUCAGUUGACAUUUUUUAUAUUUGAUUUUCAUGAGUAUUGCAGAGGUAUGAAAUUUGAAAAUGUUUCAAUACUCACUGAUGUUUUUAAAGACCUCUAUGAUUCCAUGGGAUUUUACUGGGUUGAUGACUCUGGGUUAAUAUGCGAACAAAAAUGCGUUUUUCGAACAAACUGCAUGGACUGUUUGGAUCGAACUAAUGUCGUUGAAGCAGCUAUUGCACGAGAAGUGCUACUAAAUAUUCUUCGAAAACUUGGAAGAUUGAUGCCAGAUGAAUACCUCCCACACAACUGUAGAAGGGUUCAUAACAACAUUUGGGCAAAUAAUGGUGAUGCUAUUAGCAUUCAAUAUGCUGGAACUGCUGCUAUGAAGGGUGAUUUUACUAGAACAGGUGAAAGGAAAAUUGCUGGCAUGAUGAAAGAUGGUUAUAACUCUGCUAAUAGAUAUUAUUUGAAUCGUUUUAAAGAUAAUUAUCGACAAACAUUAAUAGAUAUGAUGCUUGGAAACCCAGUAACAGAAGAUUUGUUGUUGAUUGAUGGAAGCGCAAUUGUUAAUGAAGAAGAUGAAAUAUGGACUUCUGAAAAAGAAGAGUGUAUUACUCAACUUGUGCGUCACUCUGAACUAUCUCUUCUUCCUAAAAAUGAGGAAUGUCUUGGUGGUUGGGCAUUAGUUGACCCAUUCACUUUCGUUAACCCCACAGAAUCUCCACAAGACGAAGAUAUAAUUUUACUACUGACACAUCAAGCAUAUUAUGUGGCAAGGUACAGUGAUGCAUUAGAACAACUAUUUUCUUAUCAACGAAUUCCAUUAAAAGAUCUUGUCAAAAUUGAAAUAGGCACUGAAAGUUUCUAUUAUAAAAAUCAGUUUGUUUUCAUGCGACUUCAUUACAAGUAUAACAAUACUAGUGGGUUUUUUCAUACUGUUAGAGCUGUUCAAAAGAGAUCUGCAGAGGAAUCAAAAGGUAUUUUGUUAUCAAUAGCAGACAUGUUUCUUUCUGUUGCACAUUAUGAAGGACUUGCCAUUAAAAUAAACGAAGUAAAAUUCGAUAAAAAACGUUCAAAGAGCCAUUUAAAUAUUCAACCUUUGUCUUCUAAACGUACUUUAAGCUAUUCUAGUCGUUUAAAGACUCACGAAGACUUAAAGCUUGAUGGCUUAUGCGAAAAUCAUUUAAACAAUCCUCUUAUACAAAUCGAAAAUGAUUCGAAACCUGACAUAAAAAAAAACUUACUUGACACUACUCCGACUUUAGAAGAGUCAAAGAAAAAUCUUUCUUCAGAAAUCACUAUAGUCAAAUCCCACAGCGAAGGAGAGUUAGCUACUCAAAUUGCUAAAACUUUUACAUCUUCCCGCGUUGAUGCUUUUCUUCGAAAAACCAAGUCUGCCCUCGUUAAUGUUGCUCCUAAAGUUCGAGAUAUAUCAUUACGCGAAAGUCCAGAUGAAUUCAAGUCUAAGUCGCAAAAAAAUGACAAUCCUGCUCAUAUUUUGGAAUUUAAGAAUUCGCUCAAGAAGCUUCCUGAGUUUCGCAACAAACUUCAAUCAGCAUUUGCUCACCAAAGAACACGCAGAAAAGUAAAUUUAACAGAAGAAGAGUUAAAAAAACGCAGGAAUUGCAAAACGAAAAUAUACGAAUUGUAAUUAGGUUUUAUUUUGGUAUCCAUAAUCAGUUUCAUUAAAAUUAGUAAAUUAAUACAUAUAAUUAUUUUUA